AAGAAGUUGGGGUUUCUCCUUCAAUCGUUGGAUCUUUCCCCCGAAAAGAAGCAGCCCUUGUCGAGUUCUUCAUGGAUGACUGCUUACAAAGGCUUAUUGAUAGAAUUGACUCCGGAGAGGAAUUACAAAACUUGAUUCCUAGCCAGCGUAUCUCUAAGCUUGUAAGGAUUCGCCUAGAAAUGCAAGCGCCCUACAUAUCAAAAUGGCCUCAAGCUCUCAGCAUUCAAGCACAUCCAUUGAAUGUUUCAACAAGCUUUAAGCAGCGGGCAAUGCUGGUUGAUGAAAUCUGGCAUGCUGCUGAUUAUGAGGCAUCUGAUGUAGAUUGGUAUGUGAAGCGCACUGUCCUUGGUGGGAUAUACUCAACAACAGAGAUUUACAUGCUGACUGACAGCUCGCCAGAGUUUCAUGAUACAUGGCUGUUUUUGGAUGAUCGGGUGAAAGAUGCUUUUGAUCUGAAGAAGACAAUCCAGGAGGCAAAGUAUUUGGCAGAAGCUGUUGGUGCUGGAAUGGGGAGUUCUUUGCAAGGAUUUGUGAGCAGAGUGCUUCGGAGAGGAAAUUAAAGUUGGGAUGGUUCAUGAUAUUUUUAUAACUAGCAUCAGUCUCAAAUUUCUCUCGAUGAGCUAUUAAAACUAGGAGCUCUCACAAGUUAGUUGGUAGUAUUUUGAUGGACCCUCAAUGGCUCUCAAUGUUACCAUGGCCUAUAUGCCUUGGUUGUAGCCAUUGUUUGCCAGAGAUUAGGUUUAAAAAUAUGUUCCUGGCAAGGGUUUUAGUGCUUAUACCAAAUACCUGACAAUUUUGUUAGCAUAUUCGUCUUGUUGGCAAUGUGAUUACAUUAAUUUCUUUUGAUAGAUGCAGGCACGCACAAUAAUCAUUUGUUAACAGGAUCUUGUUCUUCA